CUCCCUCCCCAUGUAUGUAUACCUGAGUCCUGGCUACUUUUUCAAUGACUAUUUUCCAGUAUUCUUCCUGGAUAGCUGAGUAGAGCUGACAAAGCAGACAACCGUUGAAAAGUAUUAUUGGACUGAAAAAAAGAGGCGGCUGCUGCGGUGACGGAGAUGGGGAAUUGCUGCUCCGACGUUGCCGGCGGACAGUCGGCGGUCGGCGGCACUGCUUCAUUUCAAGCUAAUUCUUCCAACGCUCCCAACGAUGCCGUUGAUGCUUUUCUGAACUCUCGCGGCUACAAAGGACUUUACUCUCAGAUCGAGUUGUCUCUCUCUGCUACAAACUUGCGUGAUCGGGAUAUUCUAUCCAAGAGUGAUCCUAUGGCAGUUAUUUAUACCAAACAGAAAGAUGGUUUGCUUCAAGAAUUCGGUCGUACUGAAGUUCUUUUGAACUCUUUGAGUCCCAAGUGGAUUAAAAAGUUCACUAUUACCUACCAGUUUGAGAUAGUGCAGCAUUUAGUGUUUCAUGUGUAUGAUGUCGAUACACAGUUUCACAAUAUAGAUGUAAAGAUGCUUAGGUUGGAGGAGCAGCAGUUCCUGGGCGAGGCUAAUUGCACCUUAUCUGAGAUUAUCACAAGAUCAAACAAGUCAUUGACCUUAGACCUUGUAGAUAAUCCAGGAUCUUCUGGUUCUGCUAUUCCCAAAAAGCUUGGUCAAAUCACUCUUUUGGCUGAAGAGAGUUUUGCAUCAAAGACUACAACUGAAUUGGUUCUGAGAUGUUCAGACUUGGAAUCUAAAGAUUUAUUUUCAAAAAGUGAUCCUUUCCUUAUCAUAUCAAAAGUUACAGAGAGUGCAGUGGCUGUUCCGAUCUGCAAAACUGAAGUUUUGAAAAAUGAUCAUAGUCCGAGAUGGAAGCCAGUUUUUCUAAGUAUUCAGCAAGCUGGAAGCAAGGACAGCCCAUUGAUUAUAGAGUGCUUCAACUUCAAUGGUAACGGGAAACAUGAUUUACUGGGUAAAGUUCAGAAAUCUUUAGCAGAAUUGGAGAAUUUGCAUUCUGCCGGGACAGGAUCAAAUUUGUUCCUGCCUGCUGCAUUCGGCCAAAGUCAUCCCAACAAGGUCCUAAAGAGCCAACUGUUUGUUGACAAGUUUUCUGAGAAAAUCCAGCAUACAUUCCUUGAUUACUUAGCUGGUGGUUAUGAACUGAACUUCAUGGUUGCGAUUGAUUUCACUGCUUCAAAUGGAAAUCCUCGCCUGCCUGAUUCUCUGCAUUAUAUUGACCCUUCUGGACGGCCAAAUGCGUACCAGAAAGCAAUCUUAGAGGUAGGAGAAGUAUUGCAAUUCUAUGAUUCAGACAAGCGCUUUCCUGCUUGGGGUUUUGGAGCCCGACCAAUUGAUGGCCCAGUCUCUCAUUGCUUUAACUUAAAUGGAAGCAGUAACUAUUGUGAGGUUGAAGGAAUUCAAGGAAUUCUGGCGGCAUACAUAAGUGCCCUUUAUAAUGUUUCGCUUGCUGGACCAACUUUAUUUGGACCAGUCGUUACCGCUGCUGCACAUAUUGCCAGCCAAGGCGUGACAAGCGAUCGAAGGAAGUACUUUGUUUUGUUAAUUAUCACGGAUGGAGUAAUUACAGAUCUCCAAGAAACUAUAGAUGCUUUUGUUAAGGCAUCAGAUCUACCUUUAUCCGUCCUUAUUGUUGGGGUUGGAGGAGCAGACUUUAAGGAAAUGGAGAUUUUGGAUGCAGAUAAGGAAAGACUUGAAAGUUCAACUGGCCGAGUUGCAUCGCGAGAUAUUGUUCAGUUUGUUCCAUUUCGUGAUGUACAGAGUAGAGAGAUCUCUGUUGUUCAAUCCCUUUUAGCAGAAUUACCUUCCCAAUUUUUGACGUACGUGAGAUCUAGAAAUUUAUACCCCAUUAGCUGAAUAUACCAACAAUUGUACAUACAAAUGGAUUCUCUUCAGUUACUGUGUCAAUUAGUUUCAUCUUCCAAUGCAAAUAUGCUUUUGUAUUCUGUUUAUAACAAAUUUUUUUUUUUUUUUUUGGGUUUAACCAAUGGUUGUUUCAUAAGCAAAGCAAGGGACGUUCAUUUCAUAUAAGGGCUUCUACAAUUUCAGUCUUGUCGGGAUAUGCGCAACCAACUGUGUGCUGCACAUAAUUUGUGUUCAUGAUCACAUGUGUCUAAGACAUUGCACAACCACGAGGUCGUACAGGUUUAGAUAGAUUUUCCAGGCUUUGAAUGGGUCGACGAGAAAAUUGGUGGUAGGGUGUAUUGUAUUUUAUUGGCUCGUUAGGUAUCUUCACCUUGUAAUUGGGGACCACGAGGAGAUCUUCGUGGCUGUGGGUGGAAUAAGACUACACCAGCAACAUCAACGCACCAAAGAUUGUAUAGGAAAGGAGAUUAUGCUGAAGCAAAAUGGAAUGCGACAGGGGAGAUCUACGACUUCAAGCAUUGGAGGAGCGCAUGGCUUGUAUUUGCCGCUCCUCCGUCACAUCAGAUGAACCAAAAAUGUCUUUCUGGCGGUGCUUCCGCAUUAUUGACUGGCUGAGUUCUGUUUGUUGGUUGACCAGAGUCACACCUUCCCUCCCAAAAUGCUGGAAGCCAAGAAGCACAGAAAACGUCAAUAAUUUCUAUGCAAUCAGUAGAUUAGAUUUUUUUUUUUCCUGCCUUGAAGCUAGGAUUUAGACCAUGGGGUGGACGCAAGAGAAGGGAAAACUGUUCCAGCUA